AUGAAUCCAUUAAAACAGCAUUUUAAUCAAGUUUAUACUGUUACGUAUACAUGGCGGAAAAUGCUUAGAGAAUCUGAUAUUAGUUGCCUUGUACUUGUUAGCGAACUGGAAACAUUGUUCAGAUUUUACUGGGACCUCUGCAUGCUGCUGUUGCUGGUGGCCAACCUGAUCAUUCUGCCUGUUGCCAUUUCCUUCUUCAACGACGACCUCAGCACGCGAUGGAUAGCUUUUAAUUGUUUAUCCGACACUAUAUUCCUUAUAGAUAUCGUUGUUAAUUUUAGAACAGGAAUAAUGCAGCAAGACAAUGCAGAACAAGUGAUAUUAGAUCCCAAGUUAAUAGCGAAGCACUAUUUAAGGACGUGGUUCUUCCUGGACCUCAUCUCUAGUAUACCACUAGAUUAUAUAUUCUUGAUCUUCAAUCAGGUAAACGAUUUUAGUGAAAGCUUUCAAAUUCUUCACGCCGGCCGUGCCCUAAGGAUACUACGGUUAGCGAAACUUCUAUCUUUGGUGCGACUUCUUCGAUUGUCAAGACUGGUCCGAUAUGUAUCUCAAUGGGAGGAAGUCUAUAUCUUGCAGAAUCUACAAAAAAAGCGCACGGAACGCAGGGGACGGCUCAGCUCUGACGUUGCCAAAAAGAAGGGUGACACGAAAAGCAAUCUGAUAUUUAAGUUCCUCAACAUGGCAUCGGUAUUCAUGCGGAUAUUCAACCUGAUCUGCAUGAUGUUACUUAUCGGCCACUGGUCUGGCUGUCUACAAUUUCUUGUGCCUAUGCUCCAAGGAUUUCCACCUAACUCUUGGGUGGCAAUAAACGAAUUACAGGAGGCCUUUUGGCUAGAGCAAUACUCGUGGGCGUUGUUCAAGGCAAUGUCCCACAUGCUAUGCAUCGGGUAUGGCCGCUUUCCUCCCCAGUCCUUAACGGACAUGUGGCUGACGAUGCUCUCCAUGAUCUCUGGUGCUACCUGCUACGCCCUAUUUCUGGGUCACGCAACCAACCUCAUUCAAAGUCUUGACUCUUCGCGUAGACAAUAUCGAGAAAAGGUGAAACAAGUAGAAGAGUACAUGGCGUACCGCAAGUUGCCUCGGGAGAUGCGCCAGCGCAUCACUGAGUACUUCGAACAUCGGUACCAAGGCAAGUUCUUUGAUGAGGAACUGAUUUUGGGCGAACUGAGCGAGAAACUACGGGAGGAUGUCAUCAACUACAACUGUCGAUCGCUCGUUGCAUCGGUGCCUUUCUUCGCUAAUGCAGAUUCCAACUUUGUGUCGGAUGUUGUCACGAAGUUGCGAUAUGAAGUCUUCCAGCCUGGUGAUAUUAUCAUAAAAGAAGGAACUAUCGGGAAUAAGAUGUAUUUUAUACAAGAAGGAAUAGUAGACAUCGUCAUGGCAAACGGCGAAGUGGCGACCAGUCUCUCGGACGGGUCCUACUUCGGAGAGAUCUGUCUACUGACGAACGCUAGAAGAGUCGCCUCCGUCCGCGCCGAGACUUACUGCAAUCUAUUUUCAUUAUCCGUGGACCACUUUAACGCAGUGUUAGACCAAUAUCCCCUGAUGCGACGCACGAUGGAGAGCGUCGCCGCGGAGAGAUUGAACAAGAUCGGCAAGAACCCUAACCUCGUGGCGCAUCGGGAAGACGACACGACGUCGGAAGGGAACACGAUAAACGCUGUCGUCAAUGCACUGGCAGCUGAGGCCGAGCAUGUGAGUCUGUCAGACGACAGCGUGGCGAGGCUGUCGGAGCGGUCCCUGGGAUUAGCGCUGCAGCCUUUGCAGGCCGCGUCGUGCCGUAUGGCGGGCGUAGCGCUGCCCGGGCUCGGCGUAGCGGCAGCCUUACCUCGACCCAAGUCAGAGCACGACUUCAGCUCGGCGCAGGGGCAGCCGGCUACGCUGUCGGGCACGGCGGCCUUCCACAAAUCGGACGCGGGGCUCGCCCCCUGA